GAAUUCUUCCUCCUUCCAAAUUUCAGUGAUACAAGUAGGCUACAAACGUUUUGUGCAAGGUGGUUAGGCUAUUAAUUAGCAGUGCUUGCUGUGAUCUCUCAGAAGUAGAGGUCUGCACUUGAAAGAUGCAAACAAGACCAAGAAGACUCAUGCUAUCAGGAGAUGUUUGACUAAAUAUCAGGUGUUAUCACUUGUGUUGGUUUUUAGUUGUGUCUUUCUUUCUUUUCGGUCGGCCCCCCACCGCGUGCGAUAAUCUAGUAGUACCGAGAGAGAGGGGAAAUUACAUAAGAAAAACUUUGUUGCUCGAGGUGUGUUUGAUAAAAAAUUUCAACGAAUUCGGUAUGGAUAAGAAAUUUCAAAUCAAAAUGUUUUGUUUGAGAGGAGUAUUUGGUGAUUUGUUGGUAGCUGGGGAAUGAAGACGCUCCAAAUUGUAUAUAGUCAGCGGCUGGGGCAGCUGGAAGUAUGCUCAAACAUACUACUACAAUGGGUCGAUUGUCAGUUUAUAACCUGAUUCUGCUAUACAUUUGUGCUUCUGUUAUCGGGGCUGUAUCUCUUGACCAAGUAAAUAUGACGGAUAGCAAAGUGUUGAAUGUUGGGGAGGAGCUACAGCGUGAAACCUUACCUCUGCAAAUGGGUUCUCGCCUAUACCGAUUAAAUGGACUCGAAUCAUCUACUUGGUAUGAAGUGAAGAUAUCAUAUCCAGCUUCUAUUCCCUCCAGCUUUUCCAUUCAACUGAUAAGAGACAAAUCAGAUAUUGGGCACAACUGGAAUAGAAGAUUACUCAACACAGAGAAACUGAUUUUUAAAACUGACAGUAAUGAUAUUCCUAACCACCAGAGGUUGGACCAAAGUGAGAAAUAUGUUCUUGUAUCUGUGGAGCCUGCUGGAGUAGUUGCCAUUCCUGGCGUAAAGGAGAGGGAGCUCGUCUUAUUUGAUAUAGAUGCUAAGUUAUUUAAGAAAAUGGUACUUGCUGAGUCACAAGUGCAGAAAUCUGGAGAGAGCAAGGAACUGACUGAGAAGUUGUCUGCAUCUGUUGAGGAUGAAUAGGUGGACAGGGUUCUGAUUCUUAUAUUAUUAUGGUUCAUGUCUUAUAUCUUAUACCACGGCAGUCUAGUUUCAAAUUGAAAAUGUGUACCACAUUAUAUGUAUGUAGCUAAUGAAGUGUUAUGUGUUGGAAUUUCAGCUCCAAUAACUCUACAAUUAAGACCUAAACAUUGUGGAAAACAACCUUAUGUUGAAAUCAGACCUUGAACCUAGUAUUAGCAUACUCAACAACACACAAAACAGUACCAUAUGUAGGAAGAACACUACAUAUACUUCUUACUAAAACAGAUUGUAGUACAAGGAAAUAGAAACACUCAAGACACUUAAACCUUCAUGACUUAUUAUCAACUUCUAUUUACUCACAUUGAUUUGCUUUUAAAAAAAAACUUGUGAGGCUAGAAGAGAAUCCUAGUCAUGCU